AUGGCAAUCUCAACCUGCAGCUGCGAGCCAACUAGCAAGUGCGAGGAAAUGGUUGCAGGUGCCAAGGCGCGAAAUUCAGCAUCCAAGAACGCAGCCAGGCCAUGCAAGUGUGAGAAGCCGGACGAGGUUCUCGAUGGCAAGGCACACGAAUGUUCGACGUACCUGGGAGAGCGAUACUUUCCAAACACAUUGCCUCCUCAGGAGUGCGCAUGCCGACCGAACGAAUUGGCCAGUCACAACUGCGGUGACAUUGCUGCUGGUGCCAUUGAGGUGGACAAAGACGGGCGAGCUCAGUGCGAGUGCCCUGAGGAGCAGUUCAUCAGUGGCGAGGAUCAACAAUGCAAAGACUUCUUUGGGGCGCGUCUCUUCCCGAAAAGGUUGAAGCCAGGCCUUUGCUCCUGCAGCGCUAACGCUCGGCGUCCAGGCAGCGGGUCUGAUCGAGUUCACUUGGGCGUGGCUCCGGUCUUGGUUGCCUUGGCAGCACGGUUCGAUGAGGUUUUGUUUGUAGUUUCGAUGCCGCCCAAGCCUUCGAGAGCGCAGCCGCGGAAGAAGCGACAGCGCGGCAAAGAGGAGGCCGUGGAAGCCACUGUCGUGGUUGGAACGUACGACGGUGGACUGCUGGGGUUCGGCUUGGAAGAUGGAGCUCAGACCUUUGGCUACGCGCCCCAUAUUGGCUGCAUCAAGGCAGUGCACUGUAACAAGGAAGGCAAGCUUGCAUCGGGUGCUACGGAUAACGCCGUCCGACUCUUCGAUUUGGCCAAGAGGGUCGAGCUCGGAGAGCUUCAGGAACAUCAGGACUCGGUGUCGGCCUUGCAGUUUUGGAAAGGCACACUGAUCACAGCCAGCAGCGAUGGGCAGGUUUGUAUCUGGCGCGGUGGCGAUUUCGAGCUCCUCCUGAAGUUCCAAGGCCACAAGGCUGCAGUCACCAGCUUGGCAGUGCAUCCGUCUGGACGCAUGGUGGCAAGUGCUGGUCGCGACAAACGAGUACAGCUUUGGGAUCUAACGCGUGGCACCUCGGCUGCCCACCUCACCAUCAAGGACGUUGCAGAGGCCCUGGAAUGGUCUCCAUGCGGUGAGAGCAUUGCUGUUCUGAGCGCCCGCGAGCUCAUGGCCGUGCAGGUGAAGACCUCUGAAACAGCCUCUUUGAAGGACCCAUCGUCAGAAGGCUUUGUUCGAAUCAACUUCACGUCCAUGGUGUGGCUGUCUUCGAAAAUGCUGGCGCUUGGCGACGCUAAGGGCGAAGUCCGGAUCCUUUCCCACAGCGAUGAGCUGACACAGGCUUGCACGCUGCCGAAGGAAGCUGCGGCACAAUCUACCAGGGUCAAAGCUCUGGCUGCAUGCGCCGGCCGCCUACUCGUAGGACUGAGCAGUGGUGAAGUGGAGGUUUGGCUGAUGCCGGAGAAGCUUGGGCCGAAG